GUGCGCGCUUUAGUAGCAAUCCAAUUCUUAUCGCUUUGAGGUGGUCAUGUGGUUCACUUCCUCCUAGGAUUCUUGAUGCAAAUCACUUCCUUUGCCAUAAAUAUAACUAUGAUUGUGUGCCUAGCCUGUUCAUCUGGCCCAGAAUUCUUUGUCAGCCGGUAGUGGCUUUCAAUGUCACAAUUUGGCCAUGGAAGACUGUUACAGUUAUCUUUGAUGAUGGAUUGCUGUACUGGACAACUCGGAUUCAUGAAUGAAUUUUCGAUCAUGUGAUAUGAAAGACAUUCAAUAUUAGAGCUCCAGUAAAAUCCCAAGUUCCCAACCUACCUAGUGGAGCAGUUCUAGCAAUUAUGGCAUUAUCAUUUGCACUGGAUUUAAUCGGAGGACAAGUAUUUGAGCUGUUGUCUGCAAGUGUUACGCGAGCGGUGGACAGGAAAGCUGCGUUUGGAGACCUUCUCCAAGAUAUGAAAUACACACUGAAGUCCUUGAAAAGACAGGCCAUAGUGAUUCAACAGAUACAAGAGUAUAAUCUGGAACUGAGUCUCCCAAAUGAUGAAAUGAUUGCUCUUGUAACACAAAUGACAGUUGGAAGACAACUUGUUGAUAUGUUGUCAGGGAUUAGAUUUCGUUUGUGCAACUUCUGCUGCAUAAAUGAUUUGGCUGACCAACUUAAAGAAUUGAAUAGUUCUCUUGAAAGUCUGUUUGACAACCUGCAGUUGGAGCAAGUAAGGGAUAUUAAGGAGACCUUGAAAUUGUCAAGGCAAAACCGCGAUGUUCUUGAGAAAAUGAAGAUCAUGUUGGAGAAGAUAAUGCAGAUGAUUGAUGAUCCUGAAGUGAAGGGUCUACUGAAGAAGUUAGUGGAGCAGAAUGCAGGCGGAUCAAUGAAGAGCUCGCCCUCAACCUCAACCUUGGGCUCAGGAAGUUGCACAGAAAAUGAAGGGAAUUGCGAAACACAAGUGCCGUCAUCAAAAGCACUAGUAGAAGCAGCAUUUCGGGUGCUACUUAAUGUCGUUAUAGAAGUGAAGGAGAGCACUAUUAUGUUUAGACCUCUCCUCCGACGUCUCAAAUCUACACUAGACUAUUUACUGCCAUUGAUUGGAGAUAUGGUACAAUGUAACAAGGCAUUAGAUCGCCCAAAAGAGGAACUAGAAAAUAUGAGAAUACAAAUGGAGAAUGGUGUAGUGCUUGUUGGCAAGUGCUUAAAUGUUCGUCGGUGGACAAGAAACAAAAAGUAUAUAUACACCAACCAACUUUUUGAAUUGAAUGAUUAUCUUCAAGAGCAGUUAAGUAUACUGCUAGUGGAGAUAGCAAGGGAUGCGAGGGAGACCUCGGUGGUGAUAAGGAAUAUUAAGGACAUGGUCAAGAGAGAUGAAAGGAGUGGUAUGGCAGAAAAUCAACUUGAAUAUAAAGGUUUAAUUUGUAAUGUAUCUGAACCUCCAUUGCCUACUGUUGGACUCGAAACAAACAUGCAAGGAACAAGGGAUGUGAUGAUGGAGACAUUGGUUUCUGUAAAGAAUAUCGAGGAGGGGGUCAAGGGAAUGGAAGGGAGAAUUAUAGAUGAUGUAUCUGAAACUCUGUCGCCUAUUGUUGGAAGUGAAGUACUCAACAUGCAGGGAACAAAGGAUGUGAUCAAGGAGACACAGGCUUCAACAGAGAAUACAAAUCCAGAGGUCAACCUAAUUGAAGGCAGAGCUGAGUCCCAGUUUGGCUCCGUUGCAUCUUCAGAGAGCCAGCAGCAAACAGAAGGAAUCAGUAAAGUACAUGGAACUUUAGGUCACUGUGAACUGGAAAAUUCAGUAUCUCAAGAGACCUUUUCACUAUACCUUCCUGAUUCCAUCCCUCUAGAGUUCAAUGCAUUGAAGAAGGAAGCUGUAUUUCCUGACAGACCUGGCCAACCUGACUGUCUUGACAAGGAGUACAAAAUCAACGGGACAGUGAGAAAGCCUAUUUCCUUUAAGGUUCACUGUUCAAUGUGCAUUCAACUUUGGAAGUUGGUGGAGAGAAUUUCGAAGAUAUUUCCCGACAUAGAAGCAGCAAGACCUCGUUGCUCAACGGGAAUACAGGCUCUAUGCAUGUUGAAUCGUGCAAUUGAGAAAGCCAAGCAACUUGUUCAGUAUUGCAGCGAGUCUAGCAAACUCUACCUGGCGUUAACAGGGGAUGUGAUAGUCUCAAGAUGUCAAAAAUCAAGGAACUUGUUGGAGCAAAGUUUGUGCCAGAUUCAGAGUUGGGUUCCAGUGAUUUUGGUGGCAGAGAUCUCUAAAAUAGUUGAUGAUCUUAAGGCUGCAACAUUUAGACUGCAUCCAUCUGAAGAAGAGGCUGGGAAGGUCAUCCGAGAAUUGCUCCACCAAGAUGCUUCUGCAUCAAAUUCAAUAAAAGAUUCUGAAAUCAAGGCUCUUCAACUUGCAUCUUUGAGGCUCCAUAUUACCACAUCAAAGGAAGUCUUAGUAGAGAAAAGAUCUAUUAAGAAGUUGCUACAAAAUGUUGGUGACAGUGACCCUCGAAAAAAGCAGAUCUUGACAUAUUUCUUGUAUCUAUUGAAGAAGUAUGGAAACUUAAUAUUGGUAAAGCAAACAGAGAGUUCCCCUGUGUGGCAACAAGGAUCACUUGCUUCUGAGAAUUCUGGCAACGACUUUGGAUAUAAUCAGUGUGCUGAAGUUGAACCUCACACUGGUUAUGGGGAAUAUGAGGCACAAAGUAACAUGUUGCUUGGAGCUGUACCUCCUCAAGAAUUUUUGUGCGGGAUAUCUUCCAGGUUGAUGUACGAUCCUGUUCUCAUUGCUUCUGGACAAACAUAUGAAAGGAUGUGGAUACAGAAGUGGUUUGAUGAGGGAAAUGAUACAUGCCCAAAAACUAAUACCAAACUGGCCCACCUUUCAUUGACUCCAAACGUUGGCAUGACGGAGUUGAUAUCAAGGUGGUGUAAGAAGUAUGGAGUCACCAUCCCCAACCCAAGUAUGCAACCAGAAGCACUUAGCUCAUGGGAAAACUCUUCCACUUCCAUUGCUAGUUUAGGCAGUUCUAUGAAUGAUCUACGUCUACAAAUGGAUCUCAGCACUAUGUCAUUUGGAUCCUUAGAUACCAGUUUCAAUUCUAAGACAGAAGAUGGCUCAAAUCUGGUGCAGAUUGAUGAUGAUUCUCUGAAAUACCGAUCUGCUAAAAAAUGCGAGACAGAUUUGGAAUUUCUAUCUAAUAUUAGUGAGCUCAAAUGGGAUUCCCAACGCAAGGCUGUUGAAGAUGUUAAAAACGAUUUGAAACGCAAUCCUCAAGCUUCUUAUGCUAUGUCCUCUAAGAAUUUUGUUGAACCUCUCAUCAAAUUUUUGAGGGAUGCAUAUGAUCAGGAUGAUGUAGAGGCUCAGAGAGAUGGAUUUAAAUUAUUAUCUACCUUUGUCAGCAAAAACAGAAACGGGAUAUUUUAUUUCGGUGAAGACGUGUAUAGUCUGUUAGUAUCUUCUCUUGAUUCAGAGGUAAAGGAAGAAGGUCUUGCCAUAAUGGAAAUUCUGUCUGUCCACCAGGACUGCAGAGGUAACAUCUCAUCAUCUGGUGCUCUUACAUCCAUUCUAAAACUUCUAGACUCUCAGAGCAGAAGUAUACAAGGAAAAGCCCUUAAAAUUUUGCACAAUUUGUCCCUCGAUAGAGAUAUUUGUUCAGAGAUGGUAUCUUUGGAGUGCAUCCCAAAAUUGGUUCCUUUCUUUGAAGACAGUGCUCUUACUGGAAACUGUAUCGCUAUAUUGAAAAAUCUAAGCGAUUAUGAAGGGGCCAGGAUUUCUAUUGCUGAAACUGAUGGAUGCAUUGCUUAUGUUAUUUAUGUCCUAGACACUGGCAGUAAAGAGCAUCAAGAGCAUGCUGUUGAUAUCCUUCUUUCUUUAUGCUCUCAGCGCAUUGAUUAUUGUAACUUGGUCAUGCAUGAGGGUGUAAUUCCUGCUCUUGUCCUCUCAUCUACCAAUGGGACAGAGAGAACAAGGAUGAACGCAAUGGAAGUUCUACGUCUCUUGAGAGAUAUUGAUUAUGACGAUGAGCAAGAAUCUGCUGAACCUGAGACUGAGGCAGCUAGAGAUGAGCUACCUAGAGACAAUGGAAAUCACUGGAACGGGAAGAAAGCUUCUAAGGCAUCAGGAUUUUUCGGAAAGAAGUUAUCAAUAUUCUCAAAACCGAGUUCUCUUUCACCGAAAAAGAAGGAAUGAAGCCUGUGCUUUCAGCUUGCAUCUCUUGCAAUGCUGAUCAACACAGAAACUGCUUUGAAAGAGUCAAUGAUUCGAACUGAGGAAAGGGUAUCAUCAUUGACAUAGGUUAAGUAUAUAUGGUUGGGGGUUGAUGGGUUUUUGUGCUGAUACUGAUUCAACAUAGUUUUUAUCAGGUUUCUAGAUAUUAGCCAAGGUUGUGAGCUUUUAGUCUUCAUUCAUAAUGCAACUUCUUCCUUUUUCAGCUAUACACUCAUUAUUAAAAUGUGUAGGGUGUUAUGUAGGUUGAUGCGCUCCUGAAAAUUUAUGUAUUGCCUGGUUUUGUAAAAUUCUUUAUGUAGUGUACCACUGAUAUCCUUGUAUUAUUA